AUGAGCUGGAAGCGCUUCACAAAAGACCUCGCCGCUGAGAGUGAUGAUACCCUCAGUGCCAAGACGAAGAAGGAACGCUUCGAGGAGGAGGGCCCACUGAAGUCGAGUCCAUAUUACGAGAUUCUGCGAGAGCACAGAGAUGUGCUCCCGAAUAAGAUCCCUGCAGAACUUCUGAAGGACAUGGGAAUACAGCACGAGAUUGAUUUCGUGACGAGACGAAGUAUUGCUGGCCAUUGCCGCGGGAUAGAGCGAAGACGAUCGACGACUUCUUUGAAAGCCGUCGCAAGGCAGGCUAAGUGCGGGAAUCAAAGUCGGCCCCCGCACAGCGCACUAACGUUCUGUGUCAAGAAGCCACAGGGUGGUUGGCGCAUUGUUCAUGCGUACAAUAAGCUGAACGAUGCUACGAUACCGGCACAGAUGCCGAUACCUCGAAAAGAUGUCAUCAUUGAUUCGAUGUCCAAGAGCACCAUCUACUGUGUUCUUGAUCUGAGAGACGGGUUCUAUCAGAUCAAUAUUGAUAUCCCUCUCACGGCGGUAAGCACUCCAAGCGGUAUGCUUUGGGAGUGGCUAGUUAUGCCGCAAGGACUGAAGAACACCCAUGUGACCUUCAAUAGAUGCGUGAUGCCUCUAUUGCGGUCGGUGCGCGAUUUCACACCGAGCUACUUCGACGAUGUGUACGUUCACAGCCGGGCUGUGAACGAGAAGACGGACAUUGAGAUGCACAAGGAGUGUCCCCGGGAACUGCAUAGCAAGCACAAGCUCUAUGCGAACCUGAAGAAGUGCAUCUUCGGUGCGAGCGAGAUACCCAUGCUGGAGUGUCUUGUUGGAAAGAAUGGUGUACUCCCUGACCAUGAGAAGGUCCGAGUGAUCAAUGAAUGGCCUACGCCAUCCAACGUGAAGGACCUGCGGCGGUUUCUUGGCCUUACCACGUACUUGUGCAACUCCGUGGACAACUACGCAGGCACGAUUCGCCCGCUAUCGCAGCUUCUGAAAAAUGAAGCGUUCAAUGCAGUCAAGCUGGGCUUGACUGAAGCGACGAUCUUGGCUGUAGCUGGUCAGGAUCGUCCCUUUGACGUAGUGUGUGACGCAUCCGAUUUUGCGAUCAGAUGUGAGGUAAUGCAACUCGAUCACGAGUCGUCUACUACUAAUCGCGUCACUAAAGCCAGCUGA